GAGGAGGAGAUGGGGAGCGCGAAGAAGAGCAGGAGCGGGAGCGGGAGCGGGAGCGGGAGCGGGGACCCGGGGAAGCCGCUCCUCUGGAGGCUCCCCGAGCUCUCCUCCCCGGAGCUCGGCAAGAUCGGCCCGGCCUUCGGCCUCGGCGUCGGCUGCGGCGCCGGCGCCGGCCUCGGCCUCUUCGGCGGUGCAGGAUUAGGUUAUGGAUUUCCUGGACUCACAUUAGGCUUUGGAGUUGGAGCUGGAUGUGGUGUAGGAUUUGGUUUUGGUUAUGGCUUGGGAAAAGGAAUCGCUUAUGAUGAAAACAAAAGAUAUUCUAAUGUAGGAAAAAUGUUCCAAGAAGCUCCAAGUCUUCCUAUGGACACCUUUACUGGUUUGGUUGACGAGCUGGUUGUGAACACCAAAAAGUUUGUGAGAGCAACUUCAAAAGAGAUUGAAAAAUGGCGUUGAGAUGUGCCACCAUAUAAUUGCCUCCAUCAGCUGUGUCAGCCUACCUAAACUGGGUAAUCACUGAAGGUUAAAAGCAGCAUGAUGUCUUGAUGAAGGUUAGAAGUUAGCCAUGGGAUGAAGACUAUUGCAGUAUGCUUUCUUAGAUGGAGUUCAGGAGACAGCCGUGGGAUGCAGACUAUUACAUUGCAAUGUUCUUUCUUAUUCCUGUGUACAUCAGUUAUUAUGUCUGUAUUUAAUUAGGGCUAUGAAAAGCUGUUGCAGUCUCUGCAUGUUAGAAACCCCCCUUUGGACAGUGUCAGUUAGAAUUUAGGCACAGAAUAUAUGGUACUGGUAAUCUCAUUUCCAUGUUUGGCUGCUUGUUAUUACCCUGUUAGUCGUUGGGCUCAUCUCUGGCUAGCUUUCUUGGAUGAAUUGAUUCUGUGAACUUUUGAUGGCA